UAAGUUAAAAUAAGAAGAACGACUUUACUCUUAAAAAGUCUCAUUUAAAAAAUUUGACAUUACUUACGGGACAAAUGAGAGGAGAUGUUUGGAUCAAGACAAAAGCAGAAAUUGCAGAUGGCUGGAAUAGACCAAGAUGAAUUGGUAGACCCAUCUGUUCUGGCUGAUCCGGACAGCUGUUUUCUUGAAUUCAAUGGAGUACAAGUGCACCACAAGGUAUGUGAUGCAGGCCAACCAAACGCGUCACAAGAAGGGAUCGGCUCUCUGUCCCAUUCCCAUCAGAGUAAAAGAACAAACUUUCCAAUGGUUCUGUUACAUGGUUUUGGAGCCUCGGUGUUUUCGUGGGACCGGGCCAUGAAACCACUUGCCAAGAUUAGUGGCUCCAAAGUGCUUGCCUUUGAUAGACCGGCAUUUGGAUUGACCUCAAGACCAAAUCCAGUUGAUAAUAGAGCUUUGAAUCCGUACUCUACGACGUUUUCUGUACUUGCAACACUUCACUUCAUUGACUCCUUGGCAGCUGAUAAUGCAGUUCUAGUGGGGUAUGUCCAAUCUCCUUUCUUUGAGUUUUAUAUUGUUCUUGAAGCUUGACACAAGUUAUUCUCCUAUCAUGCCCUAUUUUGUUCACCAAACAGGCCCUUAGAGAUAUAAAAUUUUAACAUUGUUGACAUGAACGAGUGACAAACUCAUUUGAAGGAUUUAUGUGACAUUUUAAGCUCGCCUUUUUAGAAAGUUGACAACUAAAUCUGGACGAAGUGAUUAUGAAAUUGUUUCCUUGUAUGACUAAUGAGACACCAGACACUCGGCGGGUUGUGUGGUAGCGGUCGAGGCAUAUUUUGAAGCACCCGAACGUGUAGCCGCUCUUAUUCUUGUUGCCCCUGCAAUUGUUGCAUCAUUUACCUCGCGUAAAGUCAACCAAAGUGCAGGAAAAAGUCAAACAGAUAACAGGAACCCAGAGUUGUCGUCGUCGUCACCAUGCAAAAAAUGGAAUGUGUUUGGAAAGAUUUUGAGCAUUUUAUCAAAGUUUGCCAAACAAGUUGUGCAAAUAUUAACCGCCAUUGUCAAAGGCAUGGGAAAAAUGCUCAACUCUCUAUAUAGGAAAGCUUUAGCCUCAUUCUUGCGCUCUGCCAUUGGUCUUGUGCUGAUGAGAAUGGUAAUCAGUAAGUUUGGUACAGCUGCGGUUCGAAAUUCAUGGUAUGAUCCAAAGCAAGUAACAGAACACGUCUUACAAGGCUACACCAAGAACUGCAUCCAGAGUAGCCCUAAAGUUCUUAGGUAAUAUGGUGUGUACGAAAUGGUGUGGGUAUGCAGUCAUCUUGAUUUGUGAUACCACCAAAUUUGCAGCCUCUGAGGGUGAAAGGAUGGGAUCGGGCGCUUGUUGAACACACAGUAGCAAUGCUUACAGAUUCAAAGUUGGGAUCAAAGCCACCACUUUCACAAAGAUUGAGUGAGAUCGCAUGUCCAGUUUUGAUUGUCACGGGAGACAAAGACCGACUUGUCCCUGCUUGGAACUCAGAGAGAUUGUCCCGAGCCAUCCCCGGGUCUUGCUAUGAAGUGAUCAAGAACUCUGGUCACUUGCCCCAUGAAGAGAGGGUUGAAGAAUUUGUUUCCAUUGUGGACAGGUUUUUUCAGAAGGUGUUUGGUGAAGUACAAGAACCACACUUACAAGUAGUUAGUUAGUUAGUUGCACAAAUACUUCGUUCAUUUGGUCCCGAAGGACCCUUGGGAUGAGAUUCAUCCUAGUUGUAGACAAACUAGUAUUACACCCCGUGCGUUGCACGGUUCGUAUUAAUGUUAUAAAUUUAUAUUGGUAUU